AUGUUCCGCUCCGCGGUUCGCAGGCUUUCUCAAAAGGCCGGUGUGGCUGCUAAUAUAAAUACACCACGCGGCCGUGCUGCUGUCCUUGCGACGGCGGCCGUUGUUAGUGCUGGUACGGUGUUCGCGUUGACGCGCAAGGGCGAUUGGGAUGACUUUGCACCAUCCCACGACGUGAGCCCCGCGCAGUUUUGGUCGCCGCCGACGCGUUCGCAGAUGAUAGAGGCCCUCAAGAAGUCGUCGCGACAGGGUCUGCGUGACGACGGCAGUCUGGAGCAGAAGAAGUCGCUGCUACUGCCCUCGCACCAGGCCGUAGGCCACAGUCCUAUUCCCGAGGUGGAGCACGCGUAUGUGGACCGAAAUGAAGACGACGACGAAGGUUUUGAUCUCCUUAUCGUGGGUGGUGGUGCCACCGGUGCUGGUUGCGCUGUGGAUGCCGCUACGCGUGGUCUCAAGGUCGCCAUUGUGGAGCGCGACGAUUACGGCGCAGGUACCUCGUCCAAGUCGACCAAGCUGGUACACGGUGGUGUGCGUUACCUGCAGAAGGCCGUGAUGCAGCUCGACUAUGAGCAGUACAAGAUGGUCAAGGAGGCUCUGCACGAGCGCAAGACUUUCCUGCACAUUGCGCCGUACUUGAGCAACCCGCUGCCAAUCCUCAUUCCGGCGUACUCGUGGUGGCUUAUCCCGUACUACUACGCGGGUACCAAACUGUACGACAUGAUUGCCGGUAGGGAGAACAUGGGCAACUCGUACAUCGUGGGCCGCGAGAAGGCACUGGAGCUCUUCCCUAUGCUUCGCUCGCACAACCUGGCCGGUGGUGUCGUGUACUACGAUGGCCAGCAGAACGACACGCGUAUGAACAUUGCGCUGAUUCUCACGGCCAUUCAGCACGGUGCCGUGGCGGCGAACCACACAGAAGUGGUGGCGCUGAACAAGGCGCCGUCGGUGAACGGCCAGCCAGGCAAGAUUAUUGGUGCGCGCCUGCGUGACCUGCUCACCGGUGAUGAGUUCGACGUGAAGGCCAAGGGUGUGGUCAACGCCACUGGUCCCUUCUGCGACUCACUUCGCAAGAUGGACGAUCCCUCGUCGCCUGAUAUCGUCGCGCCUUCCUCUGGUGCGCACAUCACGUUCCCUGGCUACUUUAGUCCGCGUGGUAUGGGUUUGCUGGACCCGGCUACCAGCGACGGCCGUGUUAUUUUCUUCCUGCCGUGGCAGGGCUCGACGAUCGCCGGUACCACGGAUACGGCCGCCAAGGUCGAGGCUCACCCACUGCCGGGUGAGCAGGAAAUUUCGUGGAUCUUGGAUGAGGUCCGUAACUACCUGAACGCCGACGUCACUGUGAAGCGCACGGAUGUCAUGAGCGCUUGGAGCGGUCUUCGUCCGCUGGUCAAGGACCCAGCUGCGCGUGACACGCAGAGCUUGGUGCGCAACCACAUGAUCAAUGUGAGCGACAGCGGUCUCUUGACCAUUGCCGGUGGUAAGUGGACGACCUACCGUGAGAUGGCCGAGGAGACGAUCAACACCGCGAUCAAGGCAUACAACCUCCAGCCGCUGCGUAGCUGUGUCUCGAAGCAGGUGCGCCUGAUCGGUAGUCACUCGUGGUCACACACGAUGUACGUGCGUCUGCUGCAAGAGUUUGGUCUCGAGACGGAGGUCGCCAAGCACCUCUCGGACUCGUACGGUGAUCGUGCAUGGAGUGUGUGUGCCAUUGCCGAGCACACUGGUAAGCGUUACCCCGUCCAUGGUGUGCGUCUCGACUCACAGCUGCCGUAUAUUGAGGCAGAAGUGCGUUACGCUACGCGCUGUGAGUACGCCACCAAGGCUGCCGACUUUAUUGCCCGCCGUUCGCGUAUGUCGUUCCUGAAUACGGAGGCUACGAUCGAGGCCCUUCCGCGCAUCAUCGAUAUUAUGGGUGAAGAGCUUGACUGGUCGGAGACGCGCAAGCAGACCGAGUUCCAGGAAGGUAUCCUCUUCCUCUCGUCGAUGGGUGUGGAGCCUUCGCGUGUGGCCGAGCUCGCCAAGCACAGCCUCGUGGAGGCACGUCGCUGGAAGGAUCUGUCGUCCCCUCGUCAGGUGAGCCCCGCGAUGCCGAACCUCACCUCGGGUACGCCUGUGCCGCCUGUGCAGACGAUGCCGGCCGCAAACCUGCCCAACCUGCCCAACAUCCCCCCCAUGCCGUAA